AUGCUGGAGGGAAAGGCGCAGGAGGCCCUGCAGGAGCGGUACCGGCUGGGUUCCCUGCUGGGGUGCGGCGGAUUUGGCAGCGUCUGGUCGGGGACGCGGAUCUCGGACGGCGCCCCGGUCGCCAUCAAAAAGGACAAGGUGUCCACUGGCUUCCCCGGUGUCAUCCAGCUGCUGGAGUGGGUUGAGCUCCCCAGCAACAUUGUGAUGGUGCUGGAGCGGCCAGAGCAGUCUCAGGACCUCCUGCAUUUCAUUCGGGCACGGGGGUUCCUGCGCGAGGAGGUGGCGUGGCAGCUGUUCCGGCAGGUGCUGGAGGCCGUGCGGCACUGCACCAGCUGCGGGGUCCUGCACCGCGAUAUAAAACCAGAGAACAUCCUGGUUGACCUGGCCACCGGGCAGGCCAAAUUGAUUGACUUUGGCUGUGGCACCUACCUGCAAGAGACAGCCUACACUCACUUUGCAGGAACACCAUCAUACAGCCCCCCGGAAUGGACCCGCUUUGGCUGGUACCAUGGCGAGCCAGCUACCAUCUGGUCCCUGGGCAUCCUGCUGCACCAGAUGGUCUGUGGGAAGAUGCCUUUCAGGAGGGGCUGGAACUUCAGCUGGGGCCAGCUCUCGCUGCCACAACGGCUCUCUCCAGAGUGCCAAAAUCUGAUUGGGUGGUGUUUAUCCAUGCACCCCUUGGCCAGACCCUCAUUAGAAGAGGUGUUCUGUCAUCCU